AUGGAUCUUGAAAAUGUUUCAUGUCCCAUUUGUCUAAGGAAGUUUGAUAACUUACAAGCACUAAAUGCACAUUUAGAUGUUGAGCAUGGGUUUAACGAUAAUGAAGAUUCACUCGGUUCCAAUGACAGUCGUUUAGUCAAUGGUAAACAAAAAAAGGCCAGAUCUGUUGAUAGCAGUGCGCAAAAGUUGAAAAGAAGCCAUUGGGAAAAAUUCAAAAAAGGGAAGAGCUGCUGUCACACAUGUGGAAGGACUUUGAAUAACAAUAUUGGCGCCAUUAAUUGUAGGAAAUGUGGUAAACUGUAUUGCAGAAGGCAUCUUCCUAAUAUGAUUAAACUUAAUCUUUCCGCACAGUAUGACCCCAGAAACGGGAAAUGGUACAAUUGCUGCCAUGAUUGUUUCGUCACAAAACCUGGCUAUAACGAUUAUGGCGAAGUAAUAGAUUUAACACCAGAAUUCUUUAAGGUACGAAAUAUAAAAAGAGAGGACAAAAACUUAAGGCUAUUACAAUUAGAAAAUCGGUUUGUCCGUCUAGUUGAUGGUCUGAUUACACUCUAUAACACAUAUUCUAGAUCCAUUAUUCAUAAUUUGAAGAUGAAUAGUGAAAUGUCCAAGUUAGAACGUACAGUUACUCCAUGGAGAGAUGAUAGAAGUGUACUCUUUUGUAACAUAUGUUCCGAACCAUUUGGGCUAUUACUAAGGAAGCAUCACUGCAGAUUAUGUGGUAUGGUUGUUUGUGAUGAUGCAAACAGGAACUGCUCAAACGAAAUAAGCAUAGGUUAUUUAAUGUCUGCAGCGUCAGAUCUGCCAUUCGAAUACAAUAUACAGAAGGAUGAUUUACUUCAUAUUCCUAUAUCCAUAAGAUUGUGCUCGCACUGUAUCGAUAUGCUAUUUAUUGGCAGGAAAUUUAACAAGGACGUUAGAAUGCCGCUAAGUGGAAUAUUUGCUAAAUAUGAUAGCAUGCAAAAUAUAUCCAAAGUAAUUGAUAGUCUCCUGCCCAUUUUUGAAGACUCAUUGAAUAGCCUGAAGGUGGAGACUGCCAAGGAUUCUGAAAAUACACUUGAUCCAAAGAAUCUGAAUGAUCUCGCUCGAUUAAGACAUAAAUUACUCAAUUCUUUUAACUUGUAUAAUACACUAACAAGACAGCUCUUAAGUGUAGAACCUCAAAGUCAUCUAGAGAGACAACUUCAAAAUUCGAUCAAGAUAGCUUCCGCUGCAUACAUAAACGAAAAAAUCCUACCGUUGAAGUCGCUUCCGGCAAUUUUGAACCCAGAGGGCCAUAAAACGAAUGAAGAUGGGCAAAAAGCUGAACCAGAGGUAAAGAAAUUAUCGCAACUAAUGAUCGAAAACUUGACCAUAAAAGAAGUGAAAGAGCUGAGAGAAGAAUUGAUGGUCCUAAAGGAACAAAGCUACCUUAUUGAGUCCACAAUUCAGGACUAUAAGAAGCAGCGUAGAUUGGAGGAGAUCGUCACACUUAAUAAGAACUUAGAAGAAUUGCACUCAAGAAUACAUACCGUUCAAUCGAAGCUGGGUGACCAUGGGUUUAAUUAA